AUGCAAUUCAAAUCUACUAUUCAACUUUUGGCUUUGGCUGCCGCUGUUUCAGCUGCUACGACAUCUGAUGAAGUUAACUCUUCUUCUUGGACCACUUUGAAACCAAGUGCUACAUACAAGAGCGCUACCACAGACUACAGCUCAACCUUUGGUAUCGCUAUUGAGCCAAUCACAACUGGUUCCUUGGCUCCAACUACCUCUUCUACUGCCGCUGUCCAGUCAUCUUCUACUUCUGCCUCCUCUAAGGCUAAGAGAGAUGCCGUCUCCCAAAUCGGUGAUGGACAAAUUCAAGGUACUACCAAGACUGCUAGCUCGACUAGCAGCACAACUUCAAAGGUCAAAUCGACUUCUCCAGGAGUCUCUCAAAUCGGUGACGGUCAAAUUCAAGGUGCCACUUCAACUUUGGAACCAUCUAGUAAAUCUGCUAGCACCGCAACCGGUGCGUCUCAGAUCUCUGAUGGACAAGUUCAGGCCACAUCUACCGCCGAGACUUCAGACGAAGAUGAGCAGGAUGGUAUCAAAUUGACUGCAUGUGCUACCAGCGGCACUCUGUCCAUGACUUUGAAGGAUGGUAUUCUAUACGAUGGCAAGGGAAGAGUUGGAGCUAUCGUCUCUAACAGACAAUUCCAAUUCGAUGGUCCACCACCACAAGCUGGUUCCAUUUAUGCCAACGGUUGGUCUAUUACCCAGGAUGGUAAUUUGGCACUCGGUGACAGUGACGUUUUCUACAAGUGCCUAUCAGGAGACUUCUACAACUUGUACGACGAAAACAUUGCAGCUCAAUGUAGCGCAAUCCAUUUGAACAUCGUCAGUUUGACCGACUGUUAA